AUGGAGAUAUCCUGCAGUAGUAGCACUGAUUGCUUUGAUUUCGCUCUAGAUUAUCUGGACUGGUUGAACAAGACCUUCAAAUAUGAGUUGCACUUUUAUAUCGAGGGUCUGGAGAUCGAGGUCAGCUUAUUACAAAGCUUUGAUCUGUAUCUGACAAAGUGUAAGAGGAAGAGGAGGAGGAACCAUGAAAUCUGUCUGGAACAAGAUGCGGAGGAGAAGGAUGUUACUUCUUUCAGAAUUCAAAGUCUGAUUAUCACAGGAAUGCAAGACCUUGAUUUUGCUUGCUGGGAAUACUUGAUGCGUUCUCGUUUGUCUGGUUUGACUCAGAUCAAAAGUGAGCUCACCAUAUUCCAGGAAGCAAUCGAGCUGUUUUUCGAGACAGAUAUCAAGGAAUCAUGCAUCAACUUUCUGUUGGACUAUUACUGGCUGAGGGAUCCGGAACUGGUUAUUGAUUUCAUUGAUUCGGUUUCAAAGAAUCUGUCAAAGCUUCGCGAAAGGGACGUAUUCGAAACUCUUAAAGAGAAGCUAAUGUUCUUGAAACAUUUCAUUCACUUUGCCAUGCUUCACGGUGUCGAGGGUCAGCAAUUGAUGGAUCUCUUAAUUCACGCUGAAGUGGUGGCUAUCGAUGCAUUACGCCUGAUUUCUAUAUGGUGGUUUGACGGAAAAGGUGAAGUACGCAAUGGCAUGGAACUUCAAAUUUCUCAACUAAUAGGUGAGAAGAUUAAUCCCACUGAUCCACAAGUUCGAGAAACUUAUAUCCAUGUCUUGACUGCUUCAAAGUUAUCAAGGUCAUCAGACACUUCAGCUCUGGAGAAGAAUAAGCAUCUAGUAGUUGACUUUGUGGAUUGUCUUGUUCACAAUAUUAUGGAGCUACUAGAAUCUUGUACCAGUAUUCUGGUUCCAAUUAUAUUUCACAUGCAAAAACUCCUUGACGGGCUAAGAUUCCUGUCAAUCCUUCUCAGGCAUCCGGAGAAGUUCAAAGAGCUACGCCAUGGAAUGAAGAGUCUUAUUGGAGUUGUGGUCUGUGAUGCAGCAAUAGUAAUUUUCUCCCUUUCUGUGAAUCAAUUGAUCAAAGAAGGCUUGGCCAAGGAAACUGAUUUUGCUCUUUUUCAUUUGCUCAAAGUGCUCAAGUUUGUUAGGGCAGAAGUUGCACAGGUUUAUCCAGUAACAUCAGUAUCGCCAUUUGGUUUUCCUAGGACCAAUGAGUUGGGCUCUAUGGAUUUUCUCCUUGAAAAUCUGAUUGAACUGGAAAGUUGUAAUGGGGCUGAGGAUUCAAUUGCAUUCCCAAAUGAUCAAAUCCACACAGUCCUAGAUCAUCUUGUAUUCUUAAGAUCUUUUCUUGGCAAGAUGGUAGACCAGCACAACCGGAAUGGAAAACUCCAAGCUCUUUGGAGUCGUGUUAUAGCGGUUGCUUACAGGACAGAGUUUGUCAUUGACUCUAUUGUGAUUGGUGAUAAACAUGAAUAUUUGGAAAGUGUUGUCAGAGAUAUCCAGCUUUUGAGGACUGAGAUUGAAACCUAUGAGUGCACGAGGCAUGACACUGGAGCUCAGAGAACUAACCGGAAAUCUUUCCACAUUGAGUCAAAACGUAGCACCCCAGUGUUGAAUGAAGUUCUUGAUGAUGAGGUAAAGACAAUUAUUGAUAGACUUACGAGGGGUUCAAAGCUGUUGGAUCUUGUUUCAAUUGUGGGUAUGGCUGGACUUGGUAAGACAACAUUGGCCAAUAGAGUUUACAAUGAUCCAUUAAUUUCAAGCCACUUUCAUAUCCUUGCUUGGUGUACUGUUUAUCAAGUAUAUAGCAUACAGGAUUUGUUACUUCAGAUUUUGUGUAGUAUUUCUGCUGGGAGUCACAGCCAAUACCUUAAGAUGGACGAAGAUGAUUUGGCUGAAAUGAUCUACAAGCGUUUGAAGGGAAAUAGGUAUCUCGUUAUUUUGGAUGAUGUGUGGGAGAUUGAGGUGUGGAAUUUGGUCAAAGGUUCAUUGCCUGAUGAUGCUAAUGGAAGCAGGAUUCUCUUUACCAGCAGAAUUGAAUUGCAAUUCAGUCCUGAUAGCAAGGCUCACCAUCACCGCCAGCUUACUGAUAAAGAGAGUUGGAAAUUGCUGCAAAAAAAGCUAUUUGGCAAAGAAGGAUGUCCUCCGAGACUAAUUGAAGUUGGAUCUCAAAUAGCAAAAUUUUGUAGGGGCUUGCCUCUCACAGUUGUCCUUGUGGCUGGAAUUCUAGCUAAUACUGCUGAAGAUUGCUGGGAAGAAGUUGCAAUUAGUGUAAGUUCCAGUAUUAUCCUUGACGAUGAAUAUUGCAGGAAGACACUUGAGCUGAGUUAUAGCCAUUUACCCGAUGAUUUGAAGUCAUGCCUUCUUUACUUUUGUGCAUUUUCAGAAGGCAAAAGCAUUCGUGUCAGCGGUCUUUCAUGGCUUUGGAUCUCUGAAGGAUUUGUACGAAAAACUGAAGGAAAGGACUUAGAGGAUGUGGCUGACAACUACUUGAAGGCUCUGGUUGAUAGAAGUUUAGUUAUGGUUAUCAAACAAAGAAGUAUGGGCGGUGCCAAAAGCUGCAGGCUUCAUAAUUUGGUACAUGAGUUUUGUGUAGGAAAAAUCAAAGAAGAGAACUUUAUACAUAUUAUUCGUCGUGGGAAAGAUCCUUUUAGUCUUGCUAGCCUAAGCAGCCCCUACCGAGUUCAUGAUGCAAAUUCCACGAAAUUGAAGACUCGGGAGUUAAUGCUGUCUUUUCCUAAUUUACGCACCAUCAUGUUGGAUCAAAGUUCUUCUUUUUCUCCGUUGGAUUUUGAGUUUUCGUUACCUAAACUUCUUAGAGUGUUGCUUUUGGAAGGCGUCAAGUUUGUUGCAGAUUUUUCGAUGGAAUUAGUAUUGCUUGUUCACUUGCGAUUCUUGCUGAUUGAUACUAAAGGAAUAAUAUCCAUCCCAUCUGCAAUAGCCAACCUCUCAACUCUCAAGGUUGCAAACAUUUUGGAUAGAAGGAAACUCAAUGUGCUAUUUACCGAAGACCAUCUGGAACAUUAA